AUGGCCGCGAUUUUUGAAGACCCAUCCGUGUUCGACGCCUUUGAAGGCCGAGAAAAGUUCGAUCAUUCCAAGGCGAAGGAUGUGAAAGUCGAAGUUCUAGACUGGAGCAAAGACAAUGAUCGACCGCGCUCUCACUGUGUGCCUGUUCCAGAACUUGCCACGAUGCCUGAGCCACAUUUACGAAUAGUGUUCCUGCCACUUGAUCACCCGGGGGACAAGGGGAAACACGGCCUUCUCUGGGCCUUCCGUCACUAUUCAGUCCCAUCGGCAUUUCUUGAUGAGCGGCUUCGAUCAGUCACUCACUCAUUUGGUGCGCAGAGUGAUGCUCAUGGGAAUAAUUGUGUUUGGUUUCACCACUUGUGCAAAAGCAUUGCAGUAGGGCGCGCAAACGGCGAGUCAUGGAUUUACGAGCCGCGCUCUCAAGUGCAAUCCCUCAAACAAGCAAACUGGACCUGGAAAAAGUCUGGAUACUUCAUGAAAUGGUGUACCACUGAUUUGGAUGAUCCCAGGGUGACGUUGCUAUGCUUCCAAGCAUCGGAUCUUCUUCUGAAUCGACUACGAGCCCUUCAGUCUGUCAAAACUGCAAUGCGGGAUCCAAUAGCCCUAUUGGUCAUUAUCUUGUCAGAUAUAUCCUCCAACAUGGAUAGCACAGUCUGGGAAGUGUCCGACGUGUUUGGAAAGAUAGAAACGAGGGCAUUGAUGAUGUCCCAAGAGAGGGAGUCAUUCACAGGCUUGCACAAUGUAGCGAAACAUAUUGUCUAUCUCCAAGAGAGCUGCGACGCUACAUCUCUGAUUGUGCAGAAAGUGAUCGCACACUCCGAACUUCUCCAAGGUAAAGCCUCCGAUGGGGAUAAGGAGAUCAUGGAAUGUACACGGGGGAUGUUGACACAGGUGGAAACGAGUUUUGAGACUGUCAAUCUGAGGCUGAGAAGCUUAGAUAGAAGGAUGCAAAGUGUCAUUGCCUUGUCAUUUCAUCUCGUUGCCGCCGAGGGAAACCGCAUCAUGCACUCCGACAGCAACACCAUGACUACCAUCGGAUUGGUGACGCUGAUAUUCUUGCCUCUCACUACUGUAUCGACUAUCUUUGGAAGCCAAUUCUUUGGUCUCUCGGAUGAAGACAACGCGCUCACGGUAUCCCAAGACUUUUGGAUGUUUUGGGUCAUUUCCAUGCCCGUGACAGUCAUAGUGCUGGGUGCAUGGUACGCUAUGAAAUGGAGACGUUUUGAAAUGGUCAAUAGAAAUAAACAGAUCAUGGCCAGCCAGCACCAGGUUAUUGAGAAAUAUCCUGGGGCUUGA